UUAAAUUAUAUUAAUUAUUAAUUUUUUAAUAUUACAUUAAAAUAAAUAUAUAAAUAGAUUUUACUUAAUAUUUCAGAAAGAUGAAUUGUUUUAUGUGGUUACUGUUAAUAGUUUUAUUACGUGAAGCAAAUCAAGCGAAAGAUGAAAACAAUACUUCUAAGAAGAAAAUAUGCGAAACGGAAGCUUGCAAACUCUCUGCUACUGUUAUUUUGAAAUCUAUGAAUAAAUCAGUUGAUCCUUGUGAAGAUUUUUAUUCUUUUUCAUGCGAUGGUUGGAUGAAAAGGAAGCAUUUAGAUGACAAUGUAAUUAAAUCAAACCGCAUGGAAAUUAUGCUGGAUAUAAUAAAGAUAUUAGAAGAAGCUCCAGAAAAAUCUCUAACAAAAAUAGAACGUAAAAUUAUUAAGAUAUAUGAUACAUGCAAAGCUUACGAGACUUUUGACAAUGAUACGAUAAAAUGGUUUGAGGAUCUGUUCGAGAAAAUUGGAGGCUUUCCUAUGUUAAAUCCCGAAUGGAACGAAGACGAUUACGAUUGGAUAGAAGCACUCUCUCAACUUUCUCUUAUAGUACAUUUAGAACCACUGAUACAGGUACAAUCGACAAUCGACCACAGAAAUCCUUCAAGAAAUAUUAUAAUGAUAAGUCAACCCUCAAGAGGAGAAGCUGUGAAUAUAAGAAAAGUAUUAUUAUAUCCAUUUUAUUUUGCAAAAGCCAGAGGACGACAGAUUUCAACUGAAAGAGGAGGAACUGCUUAUAAUGAUAUAUUAAAUUUGACCAUUUUACAAAACAAAUUAAAUUCUAUUUCGAAAUACGUAGAAGAUUUUGAUGACACUGAAAAAUUAGAAUCGAUAACGAAAAUAAGAGAUUUUCAGAAGUUAAUACCUUCAAUCGACCUCAUUGAUUUUCUUAGAAGAGCCACGGGACAUUUGCUAACAAUUAAUGAAGAUGAUGAUAUUGCUGUCAAAUCAGCACAUUAUAUAAUAAGUUUAAUAGAAAUGAUUAAUAAUGGAACAAUUAGCAAAAGAACGAUUGCCAAUUUUCUGAGCUAUAACGCUUUCGUUGAAAUAAUACAAUAUUUUCCUAAGUCUUCAAAAUAUCUAAUAGAAAAUUUUAGACCGAACAAUAUGAAAAGGAGUGUAAUAGAUGUUAAUGAAACCGAUACUGAUAGAGAAUUUACAUCCGAAGAAAGAUCUAAAAUAGUUUGUCUAUACUCAAUCAUGUUACCUCUUAACUUUGCCGUCGAUCAUAUGUUUAUAACACGGAAAAAACCUUGGCAAUCAAAAUUGAAUGAUAUAGUUGAAAACUUAAGUAUAUCUCUGAGACAAAUAUUAAAAAAGCAAAAUUGGAUAGAUAAGGACACAAAGAAGUUCCUUCUAGAUAAACAAAAAGAAAUGGCCGUGAUAUACGAUUAUCCGAAGUGGAUAAAUGAUCCAACUAAUAUCGAGAAGUUUUAUAAAAGUUUUCCAGAAGUAACCAGUAAUCCGUUAGAAAAUUAUUUGUUACUGGUCCAAUUUGCACGAAGAGAAAAUUUGCUAUUUAUUACAAAUGAAAACAACAGACUGAAAUGGCCUUUACUUGUAGGAAUAUCGGCAUCGACAUUGAAUGCAUAUUAUCUGAAAGGGUUUAAUACAGUCAUUUUACCAUUCGUUCUGAAACAUCCUAAGAUUUUUAACCAACAAAGACCUAAUUACCUUAAUUACGGAUCUGUUGGAAUGAUAAUAGGACACGAAAUGGGACACGGAUUCGACAAAAACGGUAUUCAGCGAGAUAAACGUGGAGUUUUGGUAAACUGGACUAACGACAAUUUCAAAAAAAAAUAUUUGAAACGAUCACAAUGUCUCGUAGAUCAGUACGGUAAUUACACUCUGAACAAAUUUGGAAUUCAGUUGGACGGCAAGAAAACGCUUUCUCAAAAUAUUGCUGAUCAUAUAGGUCUUAGGAUCAGUUAUAGAGCUUUUAAAAGAGAAGAACGUCUUCGAGGACAGGAACCAUUUCUUGUAGGUUUAGAAGACUAUACAACCGAUCAACUGUUUUUUAUAUCCUUUGGAACAAGUUGGUGUGAAACUGAAGAGGCGACUGAGAAUUAUUGGAAAAACGAUAAGUCCGAUCAUUCACCGUCUAAAUUUAGAAUUUUAGGAACUGUAACUAAUAUGAAGGAAUUCUCUAAAGCUUUUAAAUGCAAGAAAGGGAGUAAAAUGAAUCGCAGUAAGAAGUGCAACAUCUUGCAAUGAAAAUGUGAAUAAUAAUUAACUAAAACUUAUAGUAAUUU